AUGUAUUCUCCCCAAAUGACUAACGAACGUCUUAAUUUACCGCAACUACAAACGAAGAUUCUGAUAAAUUCGUUGAGAUCUGUGAAAGUGGGAGGUUCUGUAGUAUACUCAACGUGCACGCUAUCCACUAUUCAAAAUGAAGCUGUGGUUGAAAAUGCUGUUGCCAUAGCUGAACGACAAUUUGGAGUGCGGGUCGUUGAAGAGUCGCUCUCGCAGCUGGUCAACCAUCUCACAUCGUCUGGUCUGUAUCGGUUUUCUGAUCAAUGUCGGACUGGUGCUUUGGUACUUCCGUUCUUACCAUCCAAUUUUGGGCCUAUGUAUGUAUGUAAAUUGACUAGGCUUGUGUAA